AUGGUAGAAUUGCAAAGUGGCUUUAAUGUGAAGUGUUUGAGAAGUGAUAGAGGAGGAGAGUUCACAUCUAGUGAAUUCAACAAGCUAUGUGAGGUUGAAGGGAUCCAAAGACAACUCUCUAUGGCCUAUACUCCACAACAAAAUGGAGUAGUGGAGAGGAAAAAUAGGACUGUGGUGGAAAUGGCAAAAGCAAUGCUUCAUGAGAAAGGAUUGCCUUAUUAUCUGUGGGCAGAAGCUGUACAUACAGCUGUCUACUUGCUAAAUAGGUGCCCUACUAAAGCACUUGGAGAUAAAACACCAUUUGAGGCAUAUAGUGGGAGAAAACCAGGCUUGGCUCAUCUCAAAAUAUUUGGCUGCUUAUGUUAUGUACACAUACCAAGUGAAGUGAGGCAGAAGUUAGAUGCAAAAAGCACCAAGAGUAUUUUUGUGGGAUAUGCAAUCUGUGAAAAAGGUUAUAGAGUGUAUGAUCCUGCUACUAAGAAGAUUCUACUCUCAAGGGAUGUUGUGUUUGAUGAGAAUGCAACUUGGGAUUUGAUACAAAUGUCUGAUAAACAAGGAAGUGUGAUCAAUCAUGAAGAGCAAGCUGAUCUGCCGAAUGAUUUAUCACAAGUGACACCUUCUAGAAGUCAUGAUCACCUUCAAACUCCAAGAACAAGUGAUAUAAGCAGCAGCAUGAGAAAUACUCAAGCUUAUGAUCACACUCCAUUAAAAUGGAGAAAUCUGGAUGAUGUUCUAGCUCAAUGCAAUCUUUGCAUCAUGGAACCAGAAAAAUUUGAUGAAGCUGCUAAGGAUGAGUCUUGGAUGAAAGCAAUAAAUGAUGAAUUGUCAAUGAUUGAGAAGAAUUCAACAUGGGAGCUGGUGGACAGACCAGCCGAUAAACCGAUAAUUGGAGUUAAGUGGGUGUUCAAAACUAAGCUGAACCUUGAUGGAUCAGCACCAAGAGCUUGGUACGGUGAGAUUGACACAUACUUUGCCCAAUGUGGAUUUACCAAGAGUCAAAGUGAGGCCACUCUCUAUACCAAAACCAGAGGAGAAGCAGAAAUUCUAAUAGUGUCCAUUUAUGUAGAUGACAUUGUCUAUACAGGGAGUUCUCAGUCAAUGUUAGAGGAGUUCAAACAAGACAUGAUGGUGAAAUAUGAAAUGACAGACUUGGGGCUCUUACAUCAUUUCUUAGGAAUGGGAGUCAUUCAAACUCACACUAACAUUUUCCUUCACCAAAAGAAAUAUGCAGCAGCUUUGUUGAGCAAGUUUGGACUACAUGAAUGCAAACCAGUCUCUAUACCUUUGGUUACAACUGAGAAGUUAAGCAAAGAAGAUGGAAGUGGUCCAACUAAUGAAGAGCAAUAUAGGAAGAUUGUGGGAAGCUUGCUAUACCUCACAGCUACAAGACCCGAUAUAAUGUAUGCAUCUAGUCUACUUGCUAGAUUUAUGCAUUGUCCUACUAAUAAGCAUUAUGGGACUGCUAAAAGAGUUCUCAGAUAUAUUCAAGGGACACUUGAUUAUGGGCUGGAGUAUGUGAAAGGGAGGAAUGCAAUGUUAAUUGGCUACUGUGAUAGUGACUGGAGUGGCUCAGUGAAUGACAAUAAGAGCACUUCAGGGCAUCAGUCAAACGGAAUUGUGUUGCUCUUUCUACGGCAUAGGCAAAAUACAUCAGUGCUUCAGAAGCAACUGCACAAGCAAUUUGGCUCAGCUGAAGCUACACCACUUCAUUGUGACAACACAGCUGCUAUUGCUAUCACAAAGAACCCUGUGUUUCACCAGAAAACUAAGUAUAUUGAUCGAAGGUAUCACUUCAUUAAGGAUGCUUUGCAAGAAGGAAUCAUUAACUUGAUUUACUGUCCUACAAAUGAGCAGCUGGCAAAUAUCUUCACAAAUUCAUUGGCUAAAGAUCGAUUCUGCUAUCUCAGAGACAAGCUUUGUGUGAAAUCAGCUCAAAAAUUAAAAGGGAGUGUAGAAUUGUAA